GAGAUAGCGUACACUGCGCGCUGCACUGCGUAAGCCGGGAGACGAGAGCCCCCGACCCAAAGCUCUUCAUGCGAAUCAAAUCUUCGGGAGGUUCAGCACAGCGAGUGGGCGCUUCGUUGGCGAGCCGCUCGACAGCACUGCAGAUGUCAGUCCUCAACAUCUCAUACCAGUUGAGGUAGAUUGAUGCAUUGCAUAUUGACCAAGUAGAUUCAAUCUGAACUCUCAUGCCCGUCCACGCCGGGUGCCAAUGACACAGACAUCGACAAUCGAUCUGAUUUCUUAUGCUAAUUUCCUCAAUUACUUGCCGUCCAGAAGAAGAUCACGUGACUGCACAGCAUCAUUUCCCUCUGAUGGCUCGUACCCGCCACUGAUCGGUUCGCAAUCCGCUUCUUUUUCUCGAGGACUCACCUGGAUGUUCUUGCACGAUAUCAACUGCCUGCCGUCCAUCUCUGGAGCCAUGCACACGCGUCCCCGACGGCCUUCGUUCUAUCCCAAUCUCUGGCCUCCGCCUGUCACGCACAUUGCACGUGGCAAUUAAAGCAACGCCCCGGUCGGGAGGAAGGAACGGGGAAAGAUCAUAUGCUGCUCGGACACUCUCAUGAGGAGGACCCACGCUGCCCGGAAAACGUCGUCCACCGCCUCUCCCGCGACACCCGACAAUCAAUCAUCGCGUCGGACUUUCGGUAGCGCCGAUGUCGAUGCGCCAGCACUGCCCCACACGCCAAUGGGUCCCGCAGUGGAUUGCAUGGUGAUUGCUGAUGACACGUUCUACAUGGAACGGCGUUUGACUCCGGGCUUGACUCGCUGGGCCUUCGUCUCACCCAGCCACACUGCCCGGAUGUGCCGGUGCUUUUCUAGACAGGCGGCGUGCGCGUGGCACGGAUGAGCCGGGAAACCCGUGCAGUGCGUGAAGAAGCUGUUGGACUACCACUCCCUUUGCGGGCGCGUAUACAUAUGCUCUGGUCUUGUGCACUAGUGCCGGAUCUUGUUACUGCCGCUCCCCUCCCUUCUGGGUCGAAUCGCGGCGGAGUCUGUUCUUCGAAGUCAGGCGCAUAUACCCACAGUCACCUACACUCUACACACGCACGUCCUGGCCAUGAAACGGUCGCUGAGGUCUCCACACCAGCCACUGGCAACCCACAGCGACAACGCGACGGCAUUCGAGUACACCGAGAAGACCGCCGACCCGAUCAUCCCGAAACGAGAAGCCGCCGGGGCGCUCUUCGAGGACCGUGUCAUGAAGAUGCUCGCCCGAGCGCAAUCGGAGGUGGAUCGGAUGAAACAGGCGCGGCUGCGCAUCGAGCGCUGCAACGCUCUAAUGCCCCGUCGCUGGGCUCACACAGCCCUUCCCCCGCCGCCGGCGUUGUUCUUUGGCCGGGACCGCGAGCUCAACGCUCUCGUCGACGCGGUCGCGACUUCGACGACUGGAUCCACCCCAUCGUGCUGCUUGGGUGUCGUCGGCGAAGCCGGGAUCGGCAAGACGACCCUAGCGCAAGCCCUGGUCCACCACCCGAGGACGUGUGCGCUGUUCUUAGACCGGCGUUACUGGAUCACGGCGGGACACGCAACUGCGUUCGCUACCGUGGAUAACGUCAUCGAGGAAGGACUAGGUCCGGGACGAGCGCUUGUGGUCAUCGAUGAUUACGAUCCUGCGCGGGACAGCGAUACCCUCCUCCGGCGCUUGAUGGGGCUACCAGCGGUGCUGCUGCUGCUUCUCUCCGGCGUCUCUUCUCCUCAUGUCAGCUGCUAUCCUUCCAUGACUCUCUCGCCGCUGUCGCUGGAGAAUGCGCGCCAGCUGUUCCGCGCCGUCGCGGAUCUCGGCUGUGAUGCGCCGGGAGAUAUGGUUGAUGCGGUGAUCAGGCCGUCGCAGGGGCUGCCCCGGGUGUUAGUCGAGCUUGGGCAGAGAGCGCAGUACGAGCCGCUGGAGUUUAUGCUUAUGGAAUCGUGAUGACAAGGACGAAAGGCUGGUUAAGCCCAAACACGGGUGCUGUGCCAAUGACGUGUAUCAUCUGCUCUGGCAGAGCGUAAUGCUAAACCGAUGGAUAUCUCGGCCUAGUUCUAUUAAGAAUCUUCUGAAAGACAAAGACACGCAGUGUAACGGGAGUGAAGAAGCUGGCUCGUCUGGACAAAGCAGGCAUCACCUGAGAACUCGGAAAAUAUGGGGCAGCGAUGAGAAAUGAAUGGCCUGGGUUUACAUGUGCAAUGUCGCAGAACAAUAGAGACCGUCUUCUACAAAUAUCGCCGCAAGGAGCGUAACGCUGAUGCAUGUUUUCUGGUGGGCUUCGGUAUCAGUUAUCGCUCAUGAGUCUAGGCGCUGAUGGGGAUUGAGCAAGCGGUCCGUCCUGCAAAGCCGUGAAUUCUAAUCAAUUUCAUCUCAUUUCUACCCUCCAUGACUGAAAAAUAAUGUACAUAUGUUGCAAGAUAUCCAAUCAUUCAUACUCACACGAAAUAAUAUCCCCACUCUCAAU